UCACCCCCAUCAUAAUAGCCACCACCCUAGUUCUCAUUUUUUUACUUCUUACAUUUCCAGUCCUCUCCUCCUUUUCUCCGCGCCCUCUCCCCCCAAACUGAGCCCUAACCCAAGUUAAAACUGCAGUAAAAUGAGCCUUUUUUGCUAGCAUUCUUCCUCUCUGCCUUUUUCUCAAUGAAGGCGCAGAAACAAUUAUUACCAACUGCGCUUGAAUAAAUACCCACACUUUUGACAUCAACAUCAGUCUUAAGUUUGAUAUUUAUUCAGUCAUCUUCACCCCCGUCGCCCUAUAUGUCACGUGAUCAAUCCUAGAAUUUGCCUCCUGAUACAUACACGCCGACCCCUACAUAAACCGAUUCUUUAAGUACCUAUUAAUUUUCCUCAUUGCCAUGAUUAUUCUUGUAACCGCAAACAAUAUGUUCCAACUAUUUAUCGGCUGAGAAGGGGUCGGAAUUAUAUCUUUUCUUCUUAUUGGCUGAUGAUAUGGCCGCACAGACGCAAACACCGCUGCCCUUCAGGCAGUAAUCUAUAACCGAGUUGGGGAUAUUGGUUUAAUUUUUGCUAUAGCUUGAAUUGCGACCUCCCUUAACUCUUGAGAAAUACAACAAAUAUUUACAUUAUCCAAAGACUUUGACCUAACUUAUCCCCUUAUUGGCCUUAUUAUUGCUGCUACCGGCAAGUCCGCCCAAUUCGGCCUCCAUCCAUGGCUUCCUUCUGCCAUAGAAGGUCCUACACCGGUCUCUGCCCUACUGCACUCAAGCACCAUAGUCGUAGCAGGUAUUUUUCUCCUCAUUCGUAUAAGCCCAAUGUUAGAAAACAACCAAACUGCCCUCACUAUUUGCCUUUGCCUAGGGGCCCUCACCACCCUAUUUACCGCAACCUGCGCCCUCACCCAGAAUGACAUUAAAAAAAUUGUUGCUUUCUCAACAUCAAGUCAACUAGGCCUAAUAAUAGUUACAAUCGGACUCAACCAACCCCAACUUGCCUUCCUUCACAUCUGCACCCACGCAUUCUUUAAGGCUAUACUCUUCCUCUGCUCAGGGUCUAUCAUUCACAGCCUAAACGACGAACAAGACAUCCGAAAAAUGGGGGGCAUGCACCACCUAACCCCUUUUACAUCUUCCUGUUUAACCAUCGGAAGUCUAGCUCUCACAGGGGCCCCCUUCUUAGCAGGCUUCUUUUCAAAAGAUGCCAUCAUUGAAGCCCUAAACACAUCUUACCUAAACGCCUGAGCCCUCUUCCUCACCCUCCUAGCCACUUCCUUCACCGCUAUCUAUAGCCUCCGAGUUGUUUUCUUUGUAUCAAUAGGACAUCCCCGCUUCAACCCGCUCUCCCCUAUUAAUGAAAAUAACCCAACAGUUAUUAACCCCAUCAAACGUCUUGCCUGAGGAAGUGUAGUCGCCGGCCUCCUAAUCACCUCCAACAUUACCCCUCUAAAAACACCAGUUAUGUCCAUACCCUUUCUUCUCAAAGCUGCCGCCCUCGUAGUAACCAUUAUUGGCCUUCUUACCGCACUAGAACUUGCCUCCCUUACCAACAAACAAUAUAACCCAACUCCAAAACUUGCCCCCCAUCAUUUUUCUAACAUACUAGGAUUCUUUCCAAUAAUUAUCCACCGCCUCACCCCCAAACUAAGCCUGACUCUAGGACAAACCAUCGCCUCCCAAACGGUUGACCAAACAUGACUAGAAAAAAUUGGCCCAAAAGCAACUGCCUCCCUCAGCCUCCCUUUAAUUACAACAACCAAUAACAUUCAACAAGGCAUAAUCAAAACCUAUCUCUCUCUCUUCUUCUUCACCUUCGGCCUAGCUCUUCUACUGUUACUUUAUUAAACAGCUCGAAGAGCCCCCCGACUUAAGCCCCGUGUUAACUCCAACACCACAAGCAACGUCAACAACAACACUCAAGCCCCUAUUACCAAGACGCCCCCGCCAGCCGAAUACAUCAAAGCUACCCCUCCAAUAUCCCCCCGAAAAACCGAGAAUUCAGCAAAUUCGUCGGCUGAAACUCAAGCGCCCUCAUAUCACCCCCCUCAAAAUAGCCCCGCUGCCGCACACACCCCUAGUACAUAAGCCAUUAUGACCCCUAGGACCGGCCAACUCCCUCAGCCCUCCGGAUAAGGUUCAGCAGCUAACGCUGCUGAAUAUGCAAACACUACCAACAUCCCCCCCAAAUAGAUCAAGAAUAAAAUUAAAGAUAAGAAAGAUCCUCCAUGCCCCACCAACACCCCACACCCCAUGCCUGCUACUGCAACCAGCCCCAACGCCGCAAAAUACGGCGAGGGGUUAGAAGCAACCGCUGCAAGCCCCAACACCAGCCCUAACAAGAAAAUAAACAUAAUAUAAACCAUAGUUUCUGCCAGGAUUUUAACCAGGACCAAUGACUUGAAAAACCACCGUUGUUAUUCAACUACAAAAACAAUAAUGGCCAACCUCCGAAAAACCCACCCCCUCCUAAAAAUUGCAAACGACGCACUAGUUGACCUCCCAGCCCCCUCAAACAUCUCCGUUUGAUGAAACUUUGGGUCCCUACUAGGGCUCUGUCUCGCCGCCCAAAUUCUGACAGGCCUCUUUCUAGCCAUACACUACACCUCCGACAUCGCCACCGCCUUCUCCUCUGUUGCCCACAUCUGCCGUGACGUCAACUACGGCUGACUCAUCCGAAAUAUGCACGCUAACGGCGCAUCUUUCUUCUUCAUUUGUAUUUACCUCCACAUUGGCCGAGGCUUGUACUAUGGCUCCUACUUAUAUAAAGAAACCUGAAAUAUCGGAGUAAUCCUCCUCCUUUUAACUAUAAUAACAGCUUUCGUAGGCUACGUCCUCCCCUGAGGACAAAUAUCAUUCUGAGGCGCCACUGUCAUUACAAAUCUUCUUUCCGCAGUCCCUUAUAUCGGCAAUUCUCUAGUCCAAUGAAUUUGAGGCGGAUUCUCCGUAGACAAUGCCACCCUCACUCGUUUUUUUGCCUUUCACUUCCUCCUCCCCUUCAUUAUUGCAGCUGCAACCAUAGUGCACCUUAUUUUUUUACACGAAACCGGAUCUAACAACCCCACAGGCCUCAACUCAGACUCCGACAAAAUCUCUUUUCAUCCUUACUUUUCCUACAAGGACCUACUAGGUUUUGCAGUCCUUUUAAUUGCCCUCAUCUCCCUAGCCCUUUUCUCCCCUAACCUGCUCGGAGACCCCGACAACUUUACUCCUGCAAACCCCCUAGUCACCCCGCCCCACAUCAAGCCUGAAUGAUAUUUCCUAUUUGCCUAUGCCAUCCUCCGCUCGAUCCCCAAUAAACUUGGGGGAGUCCUCGCCCUUCUGUUUUCAAUCCUUGUCUUAAUAGUUGUACCCAUUCUCCACACCUCUAAACAACGAGGC